AAAAGUUUUUGGAGGAUUUCGCAGAAGCUGCAUUUGCGCGACUGGAGAGACAUCGAGUUGCCCCAAGAAGCGCGAAGCUGGGGGAAAAAAGUCGGAUUGACACAACAACGGGCGAUAAUUGCAGGUAGUCCUGGGACUCCCGCUCGUCAACAUGGACGACCAGAGCCACAAGCCGCACCGGAAGUCAAAAGAGAAAAAAAAGCACUCUGGACCCAAUCCAAAGGCCUUCAGCUUUGCGAACCCUGGCAAGCUCCUUCGCUCUGCAACGCGAUCCCAUGAUAUCAAAGAAAAACGCCUCCAUGUGCCCCUCGUCGAUCGCCUCCCCGACGAGCCGCCGCCGCGGCUUGUCACAAUAGUCGGACCCCCGGGCGUCGGCAAGACCACUCUCCUCAAGUCCUUGGUCCGCCGAUAUGCAAAGGAGACCAUCUCCGACCCCCAGGGUCCUAUCACUGUCGUCACAUCAAAGAAGCAGCGCCUGACGUUUCUCGAAUGUCCGAACGAGCUCGAGGCCAUGGUGGACAUCGCCAAAGUCGCCGACAUCGUGCUGUUGAUGAUUGAUGGCAACUAUGGCUUUGAGAUGGAGACUAUGGAGUUUCUCAACAUCUUGGCUUCAACGGGCAUGCCCGGAAACGUUUUUGGCGUCCUGACCCAUCUGGACCUUUUUCGGAAGCCCCAGGCGCUCAAGGACGCGAAGAAGAGGCUGAAGCACAGGCUAUGGAGUGAACUGUACCAGGGAGCCCACCUGUUCUAUCUUUCUGGCGUCAUGAACGGUCGCUACCCCGACCGCGAGAUCCACAACCUCUCCCGCUUCCUCUCCGUCAUGAAAAACCCGCGCCCCCUGGUCUGGAGAAACUCUCACCCCUACACUAUUGUCGACAGCUUCAGAGAUAUCACGCACCCUUCCAAAAUAGAAGAGGACGAGAAGUGCGACCGCUCCAUCGUGCUCUCAGGCUAUCUGAGGGGAACAAAUUUUGCAGCCGAAGGCCAACGUGUGCACAUCGCCGGCCUUGGAGACUUCACCAUCGCCAGCAUGGAGGAGCUGCCGGAUCCCUGCCCCACCCCCUCGAUGGAGAAGGCCAUGGAGAAGAUCACAGGGAAGAAGGGGAGGAGGCGGCUUGACGAGAAGGAAAAGAAGCUUUAUGCCCCCAUGUCCGACCGCAGCGGCCUGAAGAUCGACGGCGAUGCCAUCUACAUUUACAGAGAAAAGGGGUUCACUUUCGACAAGGACGCCGAAAACACCGAGAGGGGGGAGGGAGAAGAGUUGGUCAUUGGCCUUCAGGGGGAGCGCCGUCUCCUUGGUCAGACCGAUGCUGGAGUCCGGUUGUUUGCUGGCGGCGAGCAGAUCCGAAGCAUUGCCGAGGAGGAAGACACUGGGAGGAAAGACCGCAGAAAACCGCGCCUCGCCGACCGCGAAGACGGCCCUGGAGAGGAGGAUGAAGACCUAGGCGAGGGCAAUGAUUCGGGGAGUAGCGCGGAGGAGGGCGACUCUGACGUGGAGGCCGAGUUUCGCCCCGAAAAGCUCGGGAAGAUGUUUCGGAAACCCUCCGAUGCAAAAGGCGAUGCCUCGGAAGAUCUCGCUUUCGCUGAUAGCGACUCCGACCUUGGUUCUCUUUCUGGUGACGAGGGCGAACAAGAUUCCGAUGACGAGGAACCAGGCUCCGAUGACGACGACGAGGCUGGCAUCAAGUGGAAAGAGAAUCUGUACGAGAGGGCCAAGUCCAUGCACAAGAGGAGGAGUUACGGCCAGCCGUCAGAUCUUGCUCGGAUCAUGUACGACGACAAUCUAACUCCCGAUGAAAUCGUUAAGAGGUGGAAGGGUAGCCAAAGCGAUGAGGAGGACGAGGAGGACAUCGACGCCGAAGACGAUGAGGAUACCUUCUUCAAACGAUCCAAAGUCGAACAGCUGGGUGAUGAGCCGGAGGAUCGUUCAGUACCCAUCUGCGACUAUAACGCACUUGCCGCGCGCUGGACAGAUGACGCCAUCGAGGAGCUCAGGAAACGGUUCACUUCGGCCAACAUCUUGGGCGACGAGGAUGGCGACGAAGACGAUGGCGACGGGGACGAGGACGACGAUGGCGACGGGGGCCAGGACGGGAACGAUGAAGGAGACGACAGUGAGGGAGACGACAGUGAGGGAGACGGCGAGUUCGAGGACCUGGAAACGGGCGAAAAGCAUGGACCAACCACAGGAGAAUCACCAGAAGAGGAAGAUCCAGACAACCUGGAAGCAGAGCGCGAAAAGAACGCGCGGCGCAAGGAAGAGCUCAAGCUGAGGUUUGAGGAAGAAGACCGCGAAGGCUUCAGGAACCCGAAGGUGCUGGCCAGACAGGAGGGUGGCAACCAAGACGAGUUCGGGGAAGAUGAGUGGUACGAGUCACAAAAGGCUCUAAUCCAAAAGCAGCUCGACAUCAACAAGGCCGAGUACGAGACGCUUGACGACAGGCAACGAGUAGCCGUGGAAGGGUUCAAGGCGGGCAAGUACGCCAGGAUCGUCAUUGACGGUGUGCCCGCCGAGUUCUCAACCAACUUCAACUCACGAUUGCCGAUCAUCAUGGGUGGCCUAUCAGCCACAGAGGACCGCUUCGGUUUCAUCCAGGCGCGAAUCAAAAGACAUCGUUGGCACAAGAAGAUCCUGAAAACCAGCGACCCGUUGAUCUUCUCGCUAGGGUGGAGAAGAUUCCAGUCGCUGCCCAUCUUCAGCAUAUCGGACUCGCGAACGAGGAAUCGCAUGCUGAAGUACACACCUGAGCAUAUGCACUGCUUCACAACCUUCUACGGGCCGCUUAUUGCGCCCAACACGGGUUUCGUCUGCUUCCAGUCCUUCUCAUCGGCCAAUCCCGGGUUCCGGAUAGCGGCAACGGGGACCGUGCUCAGCGUGGACGAGUCGACCGAAAUAGUCAAGAAGCUGAAGCUCACGGGAGCUCCAUACAAGGUCUUCAAGAAUACCGCCUUCAUCAAGGACAUGUUCAGCACAAGCCUGGAAAUAGCCAAGUUCGAAGGCGCGGCAAUCAAGACGGUAUCGGGAGUACGGGGGCAGAUCAAGCGGGCACUUUCCAAGCCAGAUGGGCAUUUCCGCGCAACCUUCGAGGACAAGAUUCUUAUGAGCGACAUCGUCUUCCUGAGGGCAUGGUACCCGAUCAAGCCGCAUCGCUUCUACAACCCAGCAUCCAACCUGAUUGGUUGGCAGCCCAUGAGACUGACGGGCGAGGUGCGGCAUGCUGAGGGAGUGGCUACACCACAGCAGCGCAACAGCCUUUACCGACCUAUCGAGCGGGCGACGCGCCAUUUCAAUCCUGUGCGGGUGCCCAAGGCUCUCGCGGCGGAGCUCCCGUUCAAGUCUCAAAUCGUGCAGACGCGGUCGCAGCCGCGCCAGACAUACAUGCAAAAGCGAGCCGUGGUGCUUCGCGGCGAGGAGAAGAAGGCGCGCGACCUGAUGCAGAAGCUGACGACGAUCCGCAAGGACGUGGCGGAGAAGCGGCGGGUCAAAAAGGAAGAGCACAGGGCCGCGUACCGCAAGAAGGUGGCCGAAGGGGAGGAGAAGAAGGCUGCGCGCGAGAAGCGCGAGAGCAAGCAGUUUUGGAGCAAGGAGGGCAAGAAACGCAAGCCUGGCACCGAGGGGGGUUCGCUUGGCGGCGGGGGCAAGAGGAGAAGGUAGUCUCGAGGCGCCUCGAUAUACUAUACUAUCCUGCCUGCUGUGUAUCAACCCUGGAUUUCUCUCUUGUUAGGCUGCACGAUCGUGUCGUAUAUUGGGUUUAUUUACCUAUCAUUGGCUGGUUCAUCUAUUUCACCCUAGAUCCCAUCGUGCAUGGCGGCUUACUGUAGAGGUCACGUUUUCCAACCCACCAAUGUUUGGGGUUGGGAGGGACAGUCUUAGCGCAAAAAGUGUUCAGUUGGGUACCCCCA